UGUCCCUGGCAGAGGUGGGGCGCCACACCUCCACCUAUAUAUUGGUGAGCGUUAUAGAGACCGACAGUCAGUUCCUCUUGACAACUCUACCAGCAACAUGAACACUAAGAUCUUGAUCGUCUUGGCCGUGGCAGCUCUGGCAGCAGCAGACAGCCACAGCCGGGAAACCUUCUCUUAUGCUGCCCCUCGUGGUUACUCAGCAGAGUCUUUUGAGUCUACUGAGGCUAAGUACAACUACCAAUGGGCCGUCAGUGAUGACCCAUCCCGUAACGAGUUCAACCACCAGGAGACCCGCGACAACGACAACGCCCAGGGGUCGUACUACGUGAACCUUCCCGACGGUCGUGUGCAGAGGGUUACUUACCGCGUUGAUGGUGACUCAGGCUACGUAGCUGAGGUCAGCUACGAAGGUGAGGCUCAGUACCCCGACUCCGAUGAGUCUAGGGAAUAUGCCCCACCCAGGCCCCGCUACUUCGCCCCCGACUCUAAUGAGUCAAACUAGUCACCCUACCUCCCAUUCCUUUCGGCAUGACCUACCACACUCUUCACAGAUCUAAUGAGUGGAAGUGUAAAUACUCUCACAGACACAUCAAUUAUUUAUGUCCUAUUUAUUCAAACUUACAUUUAUCAAAUAAAUGAAUGACAAUA